AUGUCAAAGCAAUGGUCUUGCGAAACUCUAAGGGUAGGCUAUGAGGAUGUGAUGGCUGAAGCUCUGGAAGGGGACGAAAAAGUCCUUAUUACGGAGAUUCAGGACCUUGAAAAGGAACUCGCGGAGAUUGAGGCCAUGACUGAGGGAAAGGACCCUGGUGCCUCCAUCCCUGCAGUUCCACACCAAGAGGUUCAACCUUCAGCGGCCGACAGCACUGCCGAUGAAGGUUCCAGUCCAAAGGUUGAUGAGGCUUCGUUGACCACUGACGGGUUAGAUGAAGACGACAAAGAAGUUGCCGUUGUGGAUGACCUGGCAGUUUCACUUGCACUUGCAUUUGCGGGUGAUGUUCCCGUAAAAGAAGAACCGGUAGAUACGGAGCACAAGGGCGAUGACCUUUCCCCACCUGUUGCUACUGAUGGUCAUGAUGGGACCCCAAAGACCGGCAAGCGUGUUCUCACUCGCCGGGAUACUGUGCUGAACUCAUGGGAGCUGCUUCGCAAUGCGGCGAAGGCUCGUAUUGCGAGAAUGGUGGCCAGCAAAAAAAAACGUACAGAUCUAGAGGUCCCGUCUUGGAUCAAAGAGCAGUGGGCAAAGGGCACCCAGGCUAAGGAGGAAAUGGCAGCGGCCCUACAGGAGGUCAACUGGAGCAAGGAGAAGUUUAUCGACAUGAUGGAGAAUAUCAUCACCAACAAGAACAGUGUCCGCUUGACAAAGGACGAAGGCUGGUAUUCGGAGGGCGAGAUGAAGUCAGAGUUGGGCUGGUCUUCGCAAAGAAUUGCUGGGGCAAAGGCGGUUUGCCAGGGCAUGGAUGGCUACACAAAGCUGAAUCUGUACGACAAAGUUACCGAGUAUUGGGUGACUGUGCGAGAGAGAGGAAGCAGGGAGCAGCUCCAUGAAACUGAACAGCGAACCACUUCAAAGUCCAAGGCUGAUGCACCUGUGGAGAUUGACGGCAAAGCUUUUGACGACGUUAGUGCCUACAAAGCUCGUGCGGGUGUUAUCCCCGCUGAUAAGGAUGACAACAAAACCAAAGAUGAUGCAGCCAAGGCGCAAAACAAAGACCACCUCCGAAAGUUUAUGGAGUCUGUCCUCAAGACCGUCACGAAACUGAAGCAGCUGAAGCGGGACAUCUCCACCAACUAUACUGAAGCCUCUGGUGAAAAGUCUGUGAAGUUGCUGGCCGAACACAUCGGCAAAUUGGAGAAGGAGUAUGAUACUUUGCAGGAAGAGGUUGCCAGUGGUGAAAAUUCCGGCUUCGAUGGGGCGUGGUGGUCUGGGGCUAGCGCCAAGAUGAAGAUUAGCACCUUUGUGUGCAGCCGUGCCUCCGCCACUGAAGUCAAAGUCCGGAAGGACAAACCUUUCUUGGAGAAGUUGGCGGAUGAUGAUGAUGGUGAGAAGCCUCGCAAACGACCCCGCACUGAUGGUAGUUCUAAGAAUAAUCAUGGUAAGGGUGAUGCCAAUGGAGGAUCGGAUGGAACCAAAUCUGACCGCCGGCCUAAGAAGAGCAAGAAGGAGAAGAAAGACUCGACUCGUCUUGCCAUGGAGUCUCCCAAAGUCGAAAACCUGGAUGAAGUUUCCACAUCACCCAAGUCAUUUGGUACCGUCACCCGAGGAGCUUCCAAUACACUCCGUGUGGCUUUAGCUUUUGCCACACUUGUGCCAUGCUCUGUGGCGAUUAGAAGUGCGCAAGCUGUGUUAGAGGAGGUGCCAGAGGCUAGUUCCUCCAGCAUUGCGGCGCUGGGGCGUUGUGAUCGAAGAAACCCUGAACGCGCUGUCCAUAGAGUUGCUGAUAGGUACAAGCUGUCUCUUCCCAUACCUAUGACACAUGUUGAUGUUGGGGAGCACAGGAUCCCAGUCUUGAUGAUGAGUGAUUGGGCUCGCUGGAUCCUACGUAUGAAUUUGUGGUAUCGCUUGUGUGGCCUGAGCGCCCCUGAUCCCCAAAGAUCCAGCGCGAUUUGGACCACCUUCUGGGAAAGGUUUCGGAAGAUUCAACCCAACCAUCCAGUAUUCAGCCGGGACAUCCCUUUGGGGAAUAUUUGUGGUUUGCUGUUACAUGGUGACGAGGGGCGAUCGCAGAAAAAAAACGCAAUUUUGUGUGUAGCAGCACACAGUGCGUUAGGAUUUGGUCUCAGCACAUCAAAAGCCGACAAGAAAGCAUAUCUGGCAAUGAAAUUGAAUUAUGAACAACCGACUUGGACUACCAGAUUCUUGUUGAGUGUAGCCCCAAAGUUCCUCUAUUCUGAUGACGAUGAUGAUGAGGAAAAUACCGCUGCUUUUCAAGAUCUUCUGAGGCAUCUCUCGAAGGAUUUGAGGAUGUUGUGGGAGGAUGGGCUUGUGGGUGCCGACAAUGAGCGUUACUAUUUCAUUGUCAUUUACGUGAUGGGCGAUUGGCCCUGGCAUCUGAAGGCUGCAUGUUUGGGCAGGUCUUUUCACAACGCAGCCAAAAGGGCAUCAACCACAAGCAUUCCAAAAGGAAUUUGUCAUUUUUGUCUUGCCGAUCUCCCUGGGCAUCCCUGGGAAGAUUGGCAAAAUGAGAACCCCAAAUGGAUGGAAACCAUCAACACUACAUCUCCUUUCCUCCGGGUACCAGCUGUUCUUGAAGAACUUCCCCAUGAUGUUUCCGAUCAGCCAGGGUUCUUCCCGUUCGAUUUAUUUCAUGGUUGGCAUAUUGGAGCUGGCAAAUCAUUCCUUUCGUCGGCUAUUGUGGCUUUGGCUUCCUCACAUUUGUACGAUGGGUCAAAAGAAGGUCGCCUAGAAGCUGUUUCAAAAGAUUUUCAAGACUGGUGCCGGGCGAACCGUCACAACCCUACACUCAAAAGAUUUACUUUGCAAAACGUGGGAUGGGUUGGAAAUUCUUAUCCUUCGGGAUCCUGGUCUAAAGGGGCCACAACAACGAGUAUCAUGAAGUUUUUUGUCUCGAAGUGUGAAACUCACAGCAAUGAGUUGUCAGAGGAUGCUAUCCUCCCUGUUGUGUACAAAGCUGCCAGUAGCAUCAACCGGUUUUUGAGUGGGUUGUACAACUUUGAAGUUUGGAUACCGGCUGCUGAUGCGUCGGCUUUGGCUGACGAGGGUUUCUCCUUUCUGAAACAAUUUGGACGGGUUGUGAAAAUUUCCAUGGACCUUUCCCGUCUUUUGUUUAUUCAGAUGCCAAAUUACCAUCGACUACACCACAUCUUUCACCAAAUGCGUGAACAGGCGCGGGUAAAUGAUUAUGUUUUGAGUCCGUUGCUGGUGGCAACACAGUCCGACGAGGACUUCAUAGGGAGACCUUCUAGAAUUUCUAGAAGAGUCAGUGCGAGGACAAUUGUGCAGCGCACGCUCCAGCGCUCGCUUUUAGCGGCCUACGCAAGGUAUGUAGAAGCUGGGGUGAUUGUCCCAUGA